AGGAGGGAGCGCUGCUAGAGGUCCUGCCCUCCCUCUGGUGGUUCCCGGCGCGGGGAGGAGCCCGGUCGGUUCCCAGGAACCUCAGGCUCAUGCCAGUCCCACUCCGCCCACGCCUGCAAUGGGAUGAGUCUCUGAGUCCCUUGCGGAUUAGUGUGGGCAGCCUCCCAGUGCUGGCGUCCAUGACCAAGGCAGCUGACCCCCGCUUCCGCCUACGCUGGAAGGCCAUUGUGGCAACCUCUCUGGCCUUGGCCCUUGUGCUGCUACUACUCUGCUUCCAGCGUACACCCUCGGUAAGCAGGCCAGUGCCUGCCAACGCUCAUAACUGGCGGAUCAGUGUGCUUCCCAGCGAACGGUACAAUGACACAUACCCUCUGUCCCCAGCCCAGCGGAUCCCUGAAGGUGUGCGGUAUCGCAUUGGACUCAUUGCUGACCUGGACACAAACUCCAAGGGCUCCAGUGAGCAUACCUGGAUCAGCUACCUGAAAAAGGGUUACCUGACACUGUCGGCCAGUGGGGACCAUGUCUCUGUUGAGUGGGAUACCAAGGACCACGUAUUGGAGUCUCACCUGGCUGAGAAGGGACGUGGCAUGGAGCUCUCUGAACUGGUAGUCUUUAAUGGCAAGCUCUAUGCUGUGGAUGAUCGCACGGGUGUUGUCUACCAAAUCGAUGGCACCAAGGUGGUACCUUGGGUGAUCUUGUCAGAUGGAGAUGGCAGUGUUGGCAAGGGUUUUAAGGCAGAAUGGUUGGCAGUGAAGGAUGAACAUCUGUACGUGGGAGGCCUGGGCAAAGAUUGGACAACAGCCACAGGGGAGGUGCUCAACCAGAAUCCUGAAUGGGUGAAAGUCAUCGGCUACAAAGGUGAUGUGGCUCAUGAGAACUGGGUGGCCAAUUACAAUGCACUCAGGGCGGCAGCAGGGAUCAAACCCCCAGGUUACUUGAUCCAUGAGUCUGCCUCCUGGAGUGAAACACUCCAGCGCUGGUUUUUCCUGCCUCGCCGAGCUAGUCAUAAACGUUACAAUGAACAGGAGGAUGAACGCCGUGGCACCAAUUUACUUCUUAGUUCCACACCAAACUUUGCCGAUAUCACUGUGAGCCAUAUUGGUGAUAUCACUCCCACCCAUGGCUUCUCCUCCUUCAAGUUUGUCCCUGGCACUGAUGACCAGAUCAUUGUGGCACUGAAGUCUGAGGAAGAUGCCGGACGUGUGGCUACCUACAUCACAGCCUUCACCUUGGAUGGGCGUUCCCUACUGCCUGAGACCCGCAUUGGUUCUGUCAAAUAUGAGGGCAUUGAGUUUAUUUAGUUGAGAGGAUGAAUGUUUUGAGAUAGGGCAGGUAGACUAAGGGAGGGGGGGGUGUCUCUUGGGUAUCUUCCUCUAAUUGCAGAGCAUGAUGGGACUGAGUAGUGGCAUGGUUUUCACCACCAUAAAAGCAACUUUUCUUACAGCACGUGUGGCCUGACUGUUUCUGUGCCAACUCCUAGUGGUGCAAGGUGGGCAGUGCCUCUGCAGUUUACUUUUCUCUGCUUCAUGGCAUCCUACAAGGGAUUUGUCUCGCUUCCAUCUGUUUCCCUGUUUUACUCAACUAGUCUGGUGGGCAUAUGUGAGGAGGAAUGGGCUUCAUGUUCUUCCUACCCUGCUCCAUCUCCCUCAACUUUUAUUUACGAUGAUUCACAUGUGCCUUUGCUCGGAAGGGGAGGUUUUGGCACCUGAUUCUUCAGCAAGGUGAUUAUCCACUUAUUGAGAUUAUUCAGUUACUUCCUUCAUCCUCCCCACCUCAUCCCACAGUUGUGUUGAUAUCGAUUGGAUGGGUGCUUCUCUUAUGGAACUGGGCUUUUGAUUUGGGAACAGACCCUCUCGCAGUAGGGAGGGGAUAACAGCAUAACUGGGUGUUGGUGUGUGUGGAACUAGAGUGUGUUGGUCUGAGGCAAAGGGAUCCCUGAGGCACUCUGGGCCAUUUGUAAUUUUGGGACAUGGUAGUCUAAAAUGCUGCAUGUAUGCACCCUAUAUGUCAUAAGCCACCCUUUAGAGUCAGUUCAGGGUCCCUAAAUACUUCAAAGGGUAGAUGUAGGAGUAAACCACCCUGUGUUGUUUGGAGGUCAUUAUUAGAGAGGUCUGUUCUCCAUAAUCAUGGUCCUUUUUUAACGUUGUGGUUUUCAAAAAGGAAGGGUUAGGGUGGGAUUCAGGGUCAGGAAGCCAAAAUCCCAUAAGAGUAUUGAAAUCAGAAUAAAUGGAAUGCAUUUGUUGGAUGUGUGUGAUCCUUCGUCUCCUUGUGCGAUGGGAGGGGGACCAUGACUGUAGCUCUGUGGCCCCUUUUUCUUGGGCAGGGGCCCUGGCAGCCACCCUGGUAUGGUAUAUAUUCCUUUCCCAGUCCUAAUGUUCUAAUGGCUCCUUGUUUGGGCUGCAAGUCCUAAUUUUACAAGAAAUGUGCUUAUUUCCUGACAGGUAGACUUUUCUAUGUGUUUUUGAGUCUUAUGAAACCAUCUGGAGGAAUUUAGGCUAUCAGGUAUCCCAAAAGUUCUUUUGGUUUAUACCAUAACAUACAUGACUGAAACCUGGGCCUUUUUCCCCUGUAGAAGGAUGUUCUAAUACAAAAUAAGUAAUAUUGUUUUUUUAUCAGUGCUUACCGAAAUCAGCCAUUCCCAAAAUGCUCUCCACCCCAUACAUUUGGUUUAUCUGUACCUAGCUGCUGAAUCAGUUAUGGGAUUGUGUUCUGAAUGAUAAAUCGCUAGAUGGCAGCACUUGGUUGUUGCACAGUAAGUUGGCUGUUUCUCAGCUCAUUCAACCUUCCCUGCAAGAAGGGAGGGGGAAGUGUCGCAGUGUUUACAUCAGCUAUGUCAAGUCAGAUCAAUGUGUUCUAUUAGUUUUUGCUGUUAAAUAUUAAUAAAAUUCAAAUGACUCUGUAAAAUAUAAAGCUGAAUUCAGGAUAAAAAUAAAUGAAGCUGGUAUUCAAAAUUUAA